UCCUCCUUGUGCUUCGAGUGGUGCUGGUGAUUCUGGGAUGGAGGCAGAAGGCGUCGGAGCUGCAACACCGAUGGCCGGGCCAGAUUCCUCCCGUUCCCCCCUCAGCCCCGGGAGUCCCCGACCAUCGGAAAGUGCCAAGGAGAGCAAAGCUGAAAGGAAAGCGAGAAAGCUGGAAAAAGCCCAGAGUGCAAAGCUGUCUCUAUCAGAGGAGAUGGAAAGAGAAUUGCGUCAGGCCCGAGGGCAGGCAAGGGAACUGUGGGAGCAAGUGGCCCAGCUCCAGAGAGAAAACCUCUCCCUCCGUGAACAGCUGGCGGAGGUGCAGGAGAUGGCCCAACAUCGACUGGCAGAAGGCGUCAGAGCUGCAACACCGAUGGCCGGGCCAGAUUCCUCCCGUUCCCCCCUCAGCCCCGGGAGUCCCCGACCAUCGGAAAGUGCCAAGGAGAGCAAAGCUGAAAGGAAAGCGAGAAAGCUGGAAAAAGCCCUGAGUGCAAAGCUGUCUCUAUCAGAGGAGAUGGAAAGAGAAUUGCGUCAGGCCCGAGGGCAGGCAAGGGAACUGUGGGAGCAAGUGGCCCAGCUCCAGAGAGAAACCUUCUCCCUCUAUGAACAGCUGGCGGAGGUGCAGGAGAUGGCCCAACAUCGACUGGUGAGUGAUGCCUUUCCGUGUGAGGGGGAAAGUGCAGAACAAGAGGUGAGGUUGGCACUGAAGGAGAAGGAGUGAAAGGAGCCAUUCCCAAGGCCGUCUGGUGCUCCGAACAGCCAGCAGGGCUGAGCUCUGUGUGUGUCCAGCAAGAGCAGGGGAGGGAUUGUGUCCCUGUACUGGGCAUUGGGGAGGCCACGUCUGGAAUCCUGGGUUCAGCUUUGGGGGCCCUCACUACAAGAAGGAUUUUGUGAAAAAUGAGGGGGAACUCCAGGCCUGUCAGUGAGGGGGAAAGUGAGGGGGAACUCCAGGCCUGUCAGUCCGACCUUGGUGCCGGGGAAGGACACGCAGCAGGUCAUCACCUCCCCAGGGCUCAGUCACAUUCUGCUCAAUCUCCUUAUCCACGAUCUGGAUGAGGGGGUUGAAUGGACCCUUAGCGAGUUGGCAGAUGACACCAAGCUGGGAGGAAGUGUCGACCUGCCUGCGGGUAGGGAGGCUCUGCAGAGCGAUCUGGACACGCUGGAUCAAUGGGCUGAGACCAACGGGAUGAGGUUCAACGAGGCCAAGCGCCGAGUGCUUCACUUGGGACACAACGACCCUGUGCAGCGCUCCAGGCUUGGGGAAGGGUGGCUGGAAAGUUGCCUGGCAGAGAAGGACAUUGAGGGUGGUGGUUGUGAGUGGCUUAAGAUGAGCCAGCAGUGACCCAGGCGGCCAGAAGGCCACCAGCAUCCUGGCUUGGAUCAGAAACAGGGUGGCCAGCAAGAGCAGAGAAGGGAUUGUGUCCCUGCACUCGGCAUUGGUGAGGCUGCACCUGGAAUCCUGGGUUUGGUUUUGGGGUCCCUCACUACAAGAAGGACUGUGAGGGGCUCCAACAUGUCUAGAGAGAGGAACACAGCUGUGGAAGGGUCUGGCAAACAAGGGCUGCCAGCGACAAAGAGUCAGGCAGACUGAUAAAGUCUCUUUUGCUGCAAAUCCUCGAGUUUCCCAUUCAGAAGUCAUUGCCAGUGCCAGAGAUGC